AUGCACAUGGCACUCUGCUCUGACAAUAAGAAAAUCAAAGGCAGCAGUCCACUGGAAGUUCCUGGUGAGCUGCUGGAUCUGCCACCUGGCUGGCCCGCAAUACAAAUUUGCACUCAGGCCAGUCUGCGUGUGCAUCCGAAGAAAUCCCUGAUCCGGUGGAACCAGAACACGGACGUGCGAAUGUGGAGAAGGUUCGAGAAGCUGAGCAAGCAACUGGACUGGGAUCUUCAGAGUCAAUUCGAGCAUGUGCCCGAGGCGACGCUGGCGAGCGCAGGCUACUUGGAUGCGGUCCUCGGCAUCCUCGACGGCCUGGCUGGUGAGAAGGACGCGUCGGAGAAGCGCAGGGUCGUCAGGGCAGCCCUGUUCGAAGGCCACCGCAAAAAGGACGAGACGCUGUCCGAGGUUGCGGUGCGCCGUGAGCAGGAGUUCGCUGGAGCAGACCGAUACUUGACGAUCCCUUCCGAGCUCAAGGCGGCUGUGAGUGGUGAGCUGAAGGCAUCAGCUCAGCGGCAAGGCCCAUCCCGACGCAAACGCGACCCCACCUCCAAUUUAGCAACGUGGCUUUCUGGACACUCGCAACCCUGA